AUGACUACAAUGGGUAUCCCUUUCCUCCUCGAGGACCGUACUGGUGACGUCCUCAAUACUGAAUACGACGAGCUCUACGACCGCAUGUUCUUCGGCGUCACUUCUGCUCCUUCUCCCUCUGCCAUCGUCUCCCCCACCUCUCCUUCCCGUCCCUCUUCCCGAAGUGUAACCAUCAAGAUAUUCGAACUCGGCUCUCGCACAAGCUCUGCUAGAGGUGGCCUCAACUUCGGGAGGGACCCUGUCGUGAUUCUUGACUUUGCCACUGCACCAUCUUCUGCUGCGCAUGGAGGGUUUGAUGUACUGGGCACGAUACUCUUCGUCCGACAGAGCGUCAGCAUGCCGAUGGAGAAAUGGAUCAGGAAGAAGGGUGCUGGGACGUGUUUUGCAUGCUCCGAUGGAGAGACCUAUAUCUGGACGUAUCGCGCGAAUAAUGAGACGGAGUGGACAUGUACGACAUCAACGGGAUACGUCGUCGCGGAAUACAAUCUCCGCACGCCUUACGAACCCAAGUAUGCCAGUUCUUCAGGGAACGUGUUCAGUGUGUAUGAAUCGUAUGGACACAUCGCUACUGAACUCCUCGCGUCGCUGACAAUCGUACGGUACAUGCAACGGUGUAAUGUCCUUGCGUAGACUCGAUCUUUACCCCACGAGGGUAAAUUCAUGAUGUUUACGACUUGCUUUACGUCCGACACUUGACGCCUGCCGAUCGGGAUCGGGAUCGGGGUCGGGACCGUACGUACAGACCAACUUGCGGUCACCUUCCUCCACGAUGCGCGUGUACAUGUUUGUCGCUAGUCGUGUCGUGGGGGGACUCCGCUCACAGCGGUGUUGGCUGUGAUCACGAUCGCUUAUACGCUGGCUAGCGUUGUAUAUGCAUCAGUUCUAGGCGUACGUCUUAAAAGACCCGAAAGUGGUGCCAUCUGGUUCGCCCGUACAUACAUACCGCCCGCCCAUUGUGUCUCGGCAGGGCCGUCUGUACUUCGUCCCCACGCGCGCCUUUGUAUCAUCCUGUACCUCUGCGCACCGCUCAACUUGGUAUACUCAAAAUUCAAGAUCUCGGAUAUAUAUCCGCACGUACAUUUUGUCCUGUCUCCUCUCUCCUCUGUUUUGAUUUAUUGUGUAUUAUUCUUUUUUCUUUCUUUCUUUCGAUCUUCGUCCAUCUCCAUGCCUUCAUCGUUCGUCAUUUCUCAUUCGCGUUUGUGAUCAUUUUGUUUAUUGCAUGUGGACUAUUGUGCAUAACUAUUCCCCUUUGUUAAUACCUCGUACAUCAUAUCAUCAUAUCAUCGUAUCUCUCCGUGUUUGUCAUCAUCUCUGUCCUGUUUGUUUAAUUCCUCUCUCUCAGCGUCUCUCGUCUC